GGUGACGGAACCAGUUUUUUAGGUGGUCGCUGGUCGGGGGAAGAUGGAUGUGUAGGCUUGGGUGACGAGGCAGGCUUUGGGGUGGCGACGGGCUUUGGAGGCCUGCUGGAUGGGCCGGGCUGCGAGGGCUUGGGCGAUGAAGCUGGCUUCGGCGAUGAAGCUGGCUUGGGCGAUGAAGCUGGCUUGGGCGAUAAAGCUGGCUUGGGCGAUGAAGCUGGCUUCGGCGAUGAAGCUGGCUUGGGCGAUGAAGCUGGCUUCGGCGAUAAAGCUGGCUUGGGCGAUGAAGCUGGCUUCGGCGAUGAAGCUGGCUUGGGCGAUGAAGCUGGUUUGUGCGGCUUGGGG